AUCAUAUUGGUCUUACAAUUACCAAUCAACCCGGUCACGGAGUGUACCUGUUUCGCCCGCGUUCUUGAGUUCAGGCCGCCGCAAGCAGUUAUCGCGGAAGCCAAGGGUGGCAACGGGAGGCCUCAAAGUCAGCUAGGACAAUCCAUAACCAACGUGUGAUAAACUUCUUUGUCCGCGCCAUGGUGCGCGGCGCACAGGUUGCGGGCGGGCGUGGCACGCCUACGCUGCAGACGUCUCUCGCUCCAAGCUUGAGGGCCGUCGCGCCCCUGGCUCCGCUGCUGGCAUACCCGUCGCCAACCGCACGCCUCGGCGCCGCGUGCGGUGCCUUGCCAGCCUCCUCCUCCUCCUCCUCCCAAAGCUGCACCGCGUUGUCAUGCCUCCUUCACAGCCCCUUCCUCCGCCUCCAUAGCCACAGCCACAGCCCCAGUGCCACAGCGGCGCCCCUGCAGCGCCACACAGCCGCCGCGCCAUCCACCUCCAGCAGCGCCCGCAGCGGCCGCGCGCUCCACGGCCGCGCCGCGACCGCGUUGACCGCGGUCAACGCCAGCGGCGCGGGGCCGGCAGCUUCUGCCAGCUCCGCGGCGCCAGCUGCCAUCGUGCUGGGCAUUGAGAGUAGCUGCGAUGACACGGGCGUGGCGGUGGUGACGUCAGACGGCAGGGUGUUGGGGGAAGCUAUCGCCACACAGGCAGACAUCCACUCGCAGUGGGGCGGCGUGGUGCCUAACCUGGCGCGUGACGCCCACGCCGCCGCCAUUGAUGCGGUGGUGGAGCGGGCGCUGGCGGCUGCGGGCCUGCGCCCCGAACAGCUGAGUGCAGUGGCGGUCACCGUCGGACCCGGGCUGGGGCUGUGCCUGCGAGUGGGCGCUGCCAAGGCCCGGGAGAUCGCCCGCGCCCACCGCCUGCCGCUGGUGUCCGUACACCACAUGGAGGCACACGCGCUGGUGGCACGACUGCCCGCCGCCGCCGCCGCGGCGGCGCCGCCGGCGGUACGGCUGGCGGCGGUGGCGGCGCCGACGUCUCCGUCCGCCGCCACAGGCAGUACGGCGUCGUGGGACACGCGAAUGGAGCUGCGGCCGGAGGCGCCGGACGUGGUUGGAAGCGGUUCGGACGCUUCUUCAUCCACAUCAUUAGCAUCCUCAUCAUCCGUACCAGCAUCAUCAACAGCAGCAGAAUCAGCAGCAGCAGCAUAUGCAUCAGGAGCAACAUCAGGCGCAGCGGACGGAGCCUCGAGCAGCUCUGGCGCAGCGCCCCAAGCAGGCGCAACAGCAACGGAACGCGGGCCUACGGCAUCCACCUCCGGGAGAGGCGGCGGCGGCGGCGCCGCCGCCGCCGCCUCCGGCGACAGGGAGCUGGACGCGGCGGCGGUGCUUGCUGACGUCAGCGCCGCCGCCGCCAGCCUGCCGUUUCCCUUCCUGUGCCUGCUGGUGUCGGGCGGCCACAACUUGCUGGUGCUGGUGCGGGGCGUGGGCAGCUACGUGCAGCUGGGCACAACAAUGGACGACGCGCUGGGCGAGGCGUACGACAAGGUGGCUCGGCUGUUGGCUCUGGAGAUGCGGCCGCACGGCGGGGCGGCGCUGGAGGCGCUGGCGCGGCAGGGCGACGCCACGGCCUUCAAGUUUGCGGUGCCGAUGCGCAAGUACGGCACAUGCGACUUCUCAUUCGCGGGGCUCAAGACCAGUGCGCGGCUGGCCAUCGAGCAGACGCUGUCGCCGGCGGCGGUGGAGGGCCUGAGCCCGGAGCAGGUCAACAAGGCCAAGGCCGACAUCGCCGCCUCCUUCCAGUCCGUGGCGGUGACGCACCUGCUGGAGAAGAGCCGCCGCGGCGUGGCCUGGGCGCGGGAGAUGGAGCCGGGCCUGGCGCACCUGGUGGUGGCGGGCGGCGUGGCGUGCAACCAGGUCGUGCGCGCGGCGCUCAACCAGCUGGCGGACAAGGAGGGGCUGCAGCUGGUGCUGCCGCCGCCGCGCUGGUGCACCGACAACGGCGUCAUGACUGCCUGGGCCGGCAUCGAGCGACUAGCCAGGGGCUGGGCAGAGCCGCCGCCGCCGCCGCUGCCGCUGCCGUCGCCGGCGGAGCGGGAGGCGGCGGCGGUAGCCGCCGCCGCCGCUGCGGAGGCGGCGGCAGCUUACCCCGCCAGCCUGGCAUCCGUGGGCGAGGAGGAGGUGGCGGGGGUGUCCGGGUCAGGGGCGGCGGCGGCGGCGGCGGCGACUGGAGGCGCGGCGGGUGGCGGGGAGGAGUGGAUUGAGCUCAAGCCGCGCUGGCCGCUGACGUCGGAGCUACACCCUCGCUCGGCGGCGGCGCAGGCGGACCAGCGGCGGUCCAUUAAAAAAGUGCGCAUGGCGGUGCCGCUGUCAGACCUGGAGCCGCCGUCGCCGCCGCCGGGUCUGGCGGCGGGGGCGGCGGCGGCCGGGGCGGGGGCGGCGGCGGCGGGCGCGGCGCGAUAGCGUCAUGGCACAUACGUG